AUCCAGUGAUGUAAUCAGUGAUAUCAAUCAGCCGUUUAAGCAGGAAAUGCUGGGCCGGCCCCUCCCAUACACCUACUCAGGCUGUCUAAAAGAGACAAACAAUGGAGUGGAUCUUACUAGAGGAUGCAGGGAGAAGAUGAAGUUGAGUAGUUUAAGUGGCUUUUGGUGCAUAAUCUGAGAUGAGAUAGACGACCUGCAUCUGCAACGUUGGCUGAAAUCAUCCCAUCAGAGUGGACCAUUUUAUAUGGGCAACACAUUAAGCUCAGGAUGAGGUGCAUUUGUGACUUUUUGAACUGCACCUAAGAAAAAGAGGGGGGUCCCUCUAUACAUCCUGCUUUCACAGGAAGAUACGCUUUUUCCCCCCUUUUGCUGUCAAACGAAUUAGGGUUGUUGCAUCAAAGUGAACACUGGGAAAACUAAGGAAGCAGAUUUCCUUUUGUAUCCUCCGUUUCACUCACUUUAAAGCAUUCGACAGAUCGAGUGAAAAUGAAGAAGUUUCGGAAGGUGCUGGACGGUUUGACCACCUCCUCUCCGGGGGGGACGAUAGGGUCCCCAUCGUGCGGCAGCGCGGCUGGGACUCCCACCGCGGCGCCAACUCCCAAGGAAAUCGACGUCCAGGAGACGCUGGUGUCGGAAAACUUUCAGCUGUGUAAGACGGUACGGCAUGGAUUCCCGUACCAACCCAUGUCUUUGGCCUUUGACCCCGUGCAGAAGAUUCUGGCCAUUGGUUCAAGAUCAGAACAAAACCUUGUCAACUGGAGUUUCGCACUUUUGGAGCAACUUGACUGGCUUUUGUCUCGACGCAUCGCAAAAUGGUGGGCAACUGUAAUGAAGACGAAAACUCAUAUGUAG